UUUUGCUUUAUCGGGUGAUUCCUCUCAUGGGGAGUCAAUUUCAUAGAUUUGUAAAUUAAAGAUAUUUCUCUUUAAUAUCUAUAUAUUUCUUUUUAUUAUUAGUUUAAAAAAUAUUUUUAAUUUUAUCGUAACGGAUUCCGUAAAAUAAUUUAUUCAUUUUUCCAAAUUUGUCAACUUUUCUUUAAAACCCAGCCGUUAAUUAUUUUUAUUGUGAAAAUGACAACUAGAUUUAAAAAAUGCCGCAGACUCAGGGGCCACGUCUCAGCAGGACAUGGAAGAGUUGGAAAACACAGAAAACACCCCGGAGGUCGUGGUAAGGCCGGUGGUGACAGUCAUCACAGAAUCUUAUUCGAUAAGUUCCAUCCAGGUUACUUUGGAAAGGUCGGAAUGAGGCAUUUCCACAAGGUCAGAAACCAGUCUUUCAUGAGAACGGUCAAUGUAAAUCAGCUUUGGGAUUUAGUUCCCGAGGAAACACGUAAGGAAUAUGCAGAUAAGCCUGAUAUGGCUCCGGUUUUGGAUGUUAUGCAAAGUGGAUACUUUAAAGUGCUUGGAACUGGCAAUAUGCCUCAGCGUCCCCUCGUUGUAAAGGCGCGCCUCUUCAGCAAGACUGCAGAAAGAAAGAUUAAAGAGGCUGGAGGAGCCUGUGUACUUGUUGCCUAAUUUACUUUCCACUCUAA